AUGGGAAAUGGUUGUAGUGGCAGAAAAUUUCGAAAAGAUUUAUCACCGCCGAAAAUUGAUACAACAACAUUGUUUACUGAUCAGAGUGAAAAUAACAGUCAUUUUAUUGCUGAAUAUACAAAUCAUAAUCGAUCAUCAUCUCCAUAUAUUGAGGGUAAACGUCGACAUAAUAUGAAAUUUUCUUCUGCUAAAAAUCAAGAUACAUCAAAUGAAAAUAAUAACGCACAAAGUUUAACAACCUGUUCUUCACUCAGCAGUUCAACUAGUCACGAUGUUAUUAGUUCAAUAUCAUCACUCAACAACAACAAUAUUAAAACAGAUAGUUGUUCUAUAAAAGGUGACCAUUCCGAUAAAUGUGAUGAUAAUCAUCAAAAUAGCAACAAAUCAGAUAAGUUUCAACAGCAACAAAGCAAGCAAAAUGAUAGUCGGAAAAUAUCGAAUUCAGCACAAUUGUCUAACUCGUCGUCCACAACCUCUCUAACAUCUAAAAAGUCGAAAUUGGACUUAUUAAGUUUAGAGCUACCAACGCAUAAUAUAAACAGUGAUAAAAAAGAAUUAGAAUAUUGUUUAAAUAACUCCCUAUUGUUAGUGACAGAUACAUCUUAUCCGACAGAAGAAAAAGAAAAUUUAAAUAAUAAUCAAAAACAUAUGUUUUAUAUUCAUUCAAUUGAAGCUAUUUAUGACCAUGAUUCAUUAAAUCUCAAUAAAUAA